AGUAGUUGGCAACUUGUGUCUCCUGGAUCUCCAGCAGACUUGUGUCGUUUCAGUUUUUGUGAAUUUAAGUUUAGUGCCAGCCAGCAGCCUGCCAUUCCAAGUCAGUGCAAGUCAGACCCCAUGAAGAAAUUUGAUUCUCCAUUACCAUGUUCUCCACUGGAAUUGCCGGUGUAUAACUGCAGUAACUUGUGCAGUGGUUUUGUCCACUGGUUAACAUCCUGGAAGAUGUCUAUCAUCUUUGUGACUAAUCCAAAGGAACCUAGUGAAGAUGUGAAAGAAGAGACUCAACUGCUGGUUACCGAAAGCAUGGAAACUACUAGAGAGGGGACAACUGACUUAACUUGCAUAUCAGAUACUUCCGCCUGUGGAAUGGCAAUCUUAGGAGGGCCAUUACAAGCAUCCAGUGGGUCAAAAGUUUCAGAUGUUUUAGAGCUCUGCAUUUACCUCAGAGACCAGACUGUCAUCCCAUUGAAAGUAAAUAAUGGUCAACAAGCACAGACUGAAGAUCUAUUCAGGAUUGUCCAAGAGGAACAGAAACUUCCCCCAGAAGCUGCGAAUGUUUUCUCUUUGUGGUUAGUGUCUCCAUCACUUGAACUUCGCUUAAAGAAAAAUCACCGUCCUUACUUCCUUGUUCAACAAUGGCAAGAGCUGUGUAAACUGUAUACUGACCAGAAAGCAGAAAAUAAGUUAAGAGAUACCCCAUUGCUGAUGUUACAAAGGAAUGUGUUUUAUUCAAAAGAAGAGGAAAUGAAACUUCACGAUGAAACCACACUGUCUCUUUUGUACCACGAAGCUCAAUACAAUGUGUUGGAAGGUCGGUAUGUUGUUGACAAACUAGACUACGAUGAGUUGGCUGCAAUUCAAUAUACCAUAGAGGAGGGCUGUUUCACAGGGGUCAGAGGUAUAACACACAAUCAAAGACACAAUUUGGAAAGAUUUUACCCAGAAUUCAUGUGCAAAAGACGAUGGCAAAUUCCUGGUCUCAAAAAUACAUCUCGAAAUGAUAUCGAAGCACGAUUUGAAGAGGCAGUAUCACGAAUUUCACAGGCUUUGCCAGAUCAAUACAGCAAAGUAUCUCUUUAUAAAAUGUAUUUACAGUUAUUAUGGAAUACACCAUUCUAUGGGUCUGCAUUCUUCAGUGCUGUCGUUGACCGUCCUUCCACUAAACUCCAGAUGGUUUUCGGAGUGCACUCAAUGCAUGUGUGGGUUUGCAUCAACACGGAGGGAGUCUGUAUCAUAGAAAAAGACAAAGAUUUUGUUGAUCUGGCAGUUCCGUUCACCGAGAUGUCCUGGCAUUUCCAUGACGAUUUGGAGGAUGAUAAAUUGCCGUCUUUAUUCAUUCAGUUUCUUGUGAAAGAUGGAGAAGAAACAGUGACAAAGCUGUUAGAAAUUAAUUCCCGACAGGCUAAAUUGAUGAAUGCCCUCAUUGACUCUAUGGUAAAGCGGAAACGCCAGCAGCAACAAGUCCGACCUCGCCGUUACAGUGAGCAGAGUUACGACUCAGUAGAUGGUGCUAUAUCAAGUACCUUCAAUAAAAGUCUAAACAAACUUAAACGUCUCAGUUUGGACACUUACUCAGUUGGAGGGGAACGACUCAGUUAAAAGCAGCUUGAUUGACCCGUAACAUUCCAUGACAUGCAGUUCUAAUUUACUUCCUUCAAUACAUUGAAAGUUUGCUUCUGUCUUGCAUUUUACUCCCCCCGUUUUUCAUCUCAUUUCUGUGGAUAUCAAAUAUGUGCAAAAAAAAAAAAAAUGUAAGAGCAAUCGAUUCUUCCUGACAUUUUGCAAAGAAUUGGCAGUUGUGCCAUUAUAUGUGGACAUUUUAUUUAUUGCUUUUUAUUCAUUUUUAUUGUUCUGAUGAUUUCAACAGUAGGACACCUCCCUUACUCAGGGUUAUUACCUCAAAUCUUUCCGAUUUUAAUUAUUCAAAACAUUUUAAUUUCCAUCUUUUUACUAAGACACAGUUCAUCACAUUAUUCACACUCAACCCAUGGUUUUCUUUUUUGUUGUAUUUUUAUUUGUAAAUGUAUUUAUUCACUUAUUUGGUGUUCAUCAAAUUCCCUUGUUUUCCUUGUAUAAUUUACACAGUAGCUAAUAUUUGGUAACAAAAAUCAAAAAGUGCAAUUUGAAAUGUAUAUAGUUGUUUGUUCAGCUUCAAUAACAGCAAAAGAGCGAAAUAAUGUUUACUGCUGUAAAAAAUUACUUCUGCUUAUUAACUGGUAAUUUUUUAAAAUAAAUUACCUGCUUAAUAAACAGAAAUUUAUAAAUCUGCCAAUAAAGUAAAUUAUUCUUG